CUUGUCUCGUGCUUCCAAUCUGGAUUAACCCCGAUGCAUGGAUUGGUAUUUAAAGUGGCCAAGCCUUGACAGGCUUGUUUCGCCCCUCCAACAAUCUCAGAAGUCAUCUUAAGUAUAAGCGAAACAUUUAACACUCUUCCUUACUAUGUCUGCUGUCGAAGCUCCAGCUAAGAUACUCGUUACCGGGGCCUCUGGCUUCAUUUCUGCCCAUGUGUGCCGUGUGGCCCUCGAACACGGCUAUCACGUCAUCGGAACUGUACGGUCCAAGAGCAAGGGAGAUUAUUUGGACAAUCUCUUCCGUGAAUAUGGCGCGAGGUUCAGAUACGUCGUAGUAGAAGACAUCGUCAAGCCCAGCGUUUUCGAUGACCAUGUCAAAGGAAUCGACGCGGUUCUUCAUACUGCCUCUCCGUUCCACUUCAGAGCCAAUGAUCCAAAGGAGCUGAUCGAUCCUGCGGUUCAUGGAACCACAGGGAUCCUGAAGAGUAUCUUCAAGAACGGACCGAACGUCAAGCGCGUGGUCAUCACCUCUUCCGUCGCAGCCGUCAUAUUCCCCACGGAAUCACCCUACACGUUCACGGAGAAAGACUGGAAUACCUACUCUCCAGAUCUCAUAAAGAAAGAGGGGAAGAACGCGCCGCAGGGACACAAAUACCAAGCAAGCAAGACGCUCGCUGAGCAUGCGGCUUGGGAAUUCAUGAAAGCAAAUGAAGGGAAUAUCAAGUUCGAUUUAGUUACUAUUAAUCCGUCUUGGGUUCUCGGUCCCACCAUCCAUCAGGCAAAGGAGCCAAAGGCUCUCAAUGAAUCCAUACGCCAAUUUUGGGAGCAUAUCAGCAGGCCACAACCCAAGGAAGCUUUGGCGGUAUCUGGUCCAAACUUCGUUGACGUUCGCGAUGUCGCACUUGCCCACGUCCGGGCUCUCGAAGUCUCAGAGGCUGGAGGACAAAGGUUCAUUGCGAGUAAGGGACCCUUUACGUAUCAACAAUUUUACGAUAUUCUCCGUGAUGCGCGUGUACCAAACGUCCCUGAAGGCUAUCCCGGUUGUGACAAAAACACGAAGACCAAUUACCAGGACGGUUCGAAAGCGGAGAGGGUUCUGGGGCUUAAAUAUACUCACACGAAGGAUACCGUGAUCGAUACCCUAAUGUCUAUCCGGACGAGAUUCCCCCAUACUAAUCGCCAGCCAGUUCAUUCUCAAUUGUGAACUUGAAUGCCUGCAGUGAUCAAGUGACUCCAAUAACUAGCCCUUCUUUCCGCCAACACAUUUUUCUUGGCUUUGUUUACUGUAUAUUGUUGAUGUCAUCGGAAAAACCAUCAAGGAGCAUAUCCCUAUCAUUGUUGUG